UCGAAUGGGUUGUGAUUGUUGUUGUUUGUGAUACCGGCACUUUUUUCUCUUUGCGUAUCGAAAGUAAAAGUUCUGGUUUGGCUAUCAAUAUUCAUAGCUCGAAAAACUGAAUAUCACUUCCUGCCGGACCCUUGAAGGAAAGUGGUUCAGUUUCGAUCAUGGCGCACCAACGAAAAGAACAAUCUGCAGCGGUUAAACUGUAUUUGAUUCUGUACAACUCCGUACAAUUCCUAGGAUGGUUCUACAUAUUCGUUCAGUUUGUGAUGCACGUUUUUCUCGAGGGAAAACCUACUACAGAACUUUGGAAUCGUGUUGGAUUGCCUACGUACUAUUUCCAAGUACUCACCGUAGCUGAGUUCUUCCACGCUCUCUUCCGCCUGGUACCGAGCAAUCCGUUCAUCACACUUCUCCAAGUGUUCGGUCGAUGCAUGGUGGUCGUGGCUGCCAUCGAGGGAACUCCCGGCGGCAAAGUAUCCCCGGGACUACCGAUUGCUCUCUUCUGCUGGAGCCUGAUGGAAACAAUCCGUUACAGUUAUUACGUACUUCAUCUGGCCCUUCCUAGCGUUCCUCAUUUCGUGACCUGGCUUCGUUACACCAUUUUCAUUCCGCUCUACCCAGCUGGGUUCAUCGGUGAACUGUUGUGCUUCUACUGGGCCCAGUCUCACUUCCGCGAGACGGACAAAUGGAGCCUCUCGAUGCCGAAUCGGUUCAACUUUACGUUCUCAUUCUACUACUUCGCCUGGAUGAUGAGCAUCGGCUAUCUGCCGAUGUUCCCGCAGAUGUACUUGCACAUGUUUGGCCAACGCCGGAAGGUUCUGGCGGGCGAGAAACAGAAGGCCAAGUGACUUCCGUUGAGGUACGGGGAUACGUAGUCGAUUUCGGAUGAUUGCAGCAUCCUGAAAUUAUAGUCAGUUCAUUGCAUACUCUAUUCGGCGUAUAAAUUCGAACAUCCACAUCAUCAUUUAUGUAUCUGUCGAAAAUACAAUAAAAAUCAUUAGCUAUUUGUAUGUAA